GCACGUUUCCUUUGCACACCCCCGGCACCUGAUUGGCUGAGAGUGCGCCGCACCUCCUAACGUCACGGCCAGUGUGGCAUGGCUAUGCUGAUGCCGGGCAGGUCUGCCGGCGUGCGCUGGGCUAGUCAGCGUUUAGUAACAGCGCUGCUGGCAGUAUGGCCGCGUCCAACAGAGUCAUUCUGGGACCUCUGGUGGGAGCAAUUGACCAAGGCACGAGUUCAACACGCUUUCUGGUUUUUAAUGCAAAAACAGCAGAACUUCUGAGCCACCAUCAAGUAGAAAUCAAACAAAAGUUUCCAAAAGAAGGAUGGGUAGAGCAAGAUCCAAAGGAAAUUUUACAGUCUGUUUACGAAUGUGUAGAGAAGACUUGUGAGAAGCUGACCCAGCUAAACAUUGACAUCACAAAUAUUAAAGCAAUUGGAGUCAGUAACCAAAGGGAAACAACUGUCGUGUGGGACAAGACAACAGGAGAGCCUCUGUACAAUGCUGUUGUUUGGCUUGAUUUGAGAACACAAUCAACUGUAGAGCGACUUUUGAAGAGAAUUCCUGGCAAAAAUAAGAAUUUUUUCAAGAGUCGGACUGGUCUUCCACUUAGUACUUACUUCAGUGCAGUAAAAAUUAGAUGGCUUCUAGACAAUGUGGAAGAGAUUAGACAUGCAGUUUCAGAGGGAAGAGCAAUGUUUGGUACAGUAGAUUCCUGGAUCAUUUGGAGCCUGACUGGUGCAAAGAAUGGAGGUGUGCAUUGUACAGAUGUGACCAAUGCCAGCAGGACAAUGCUGUUCAAUAUUCACACAUUGGAAUGGGACACAGAGCUCUGCCAGUUUUUCGAUAUACCUAUGGAAUUAUUGCCAAAAGUCAGAAGUUCAUCGGAGAUCUAUGGUCUCAUGAAAAUCUGUCCUAGCCUGAAGUCUGGGGCUUUGACUGGAGUUCCAAUAUCUGGGUGUUUAGGAGACCAGUCGGCUGCUUUAGUUGGACAAAUGUGUUUUCAAGAUGGACAAGCUAAAAAUACAUACGGUACCGGCUGCUUUUUGUUAUGCAACACAGGCUCAAAGCCUGUCCUCUCAGAACACGGCCUCUUGACAACUGUUGCCUACAAGCUAGGACGGGACAAGCCUGCAUGUUAUGCCCUGGAGGGAUCAGUUGCCAUAGCAGGAGCUGUGGUGCGCUGGUUGAGAGACAAUCUUGGAAUAGUAAAGACUACUGAGGAAGUAGAAAAGCUUGCUGCUGAAGUCGGGACAUCAUAUGGCUGCUACUUUGUUCCUGCAUUUUCAGGUUUAUACGCUCCCUAUUGGGAGCCAAGUGCCAGAGGUAUCAUCUGUGGUCUCACCCAGUUUACAAACAGAAACCAUAUUGCAUUUGCUGCUCUUGAGGCUGUGUGUUUCCAGACUAGAGAGAUUCUGGAUGCUAUGAACAAAGAUUGUGGUAUUCCUCUCAAUCAACUUCAAGUUGAUGGGGGCAUGACAAGCAAUAAAAUCCUCAUGCAGUUGCAGGCUGAUAUCCUGUGCAUUCCAGUAGUAAAACCAUCCAUGCCUGAAACAACUGCACUGGGCGCUGCUAUGGCUGCAGGUGCAGCUGAAGGUGUCGGUGUUUGGAGCUUAAAUCCUGGAGAUUUAACUGCUGUAACAUGUGAACGGUUUGAACCACAAAUCAACCCAGAGGAAAGUGAAUUUCGCUAUGCAAGAUGGAAAAAGGCAGUGAUGAAAUCAAUGGGCUGGGAAUCUGCAGAGCCUACCAAUGGAAAUGGUGACUGUAGUAUCUUCUGUAGUCUUCCUCUGGGGUUUUAUAUAGUGAGUAGCAUGGUAUUAUUAAUCGGAGCAAAGUACAUCUCAGGUCUUAAUAAAUAACCAUUCACUGGCCUCUGCUCUUUUUCGGUUUUAUGUUGCCAAUAAGAUGAUAUGAAUUCCUGCUGUUGCACGCUACAUGACAAGGGUAGAAUGAAGGAAACACGGUGUUUAAUCUUAUUGCUUCUCUGUAUAGUUGUCGGUCAGAAGGGCACUUCCUGUGCAACACUUGUCGCCGUAUUUGUGGACUGGACACUGCAACCAGUUGUUUCACAGUGACACUAUGAUGGGAAAGAAAAGGGUUUGGAUGAGUAGAUUAUUCAAUUAUGUCUUAGAAGGACUGACUUGCACUUUGGAGAUUAUAAAUAUCCUCAGAAUUAUUAAUAUACAUUUUUUCAGAAAUGUAAUGAUAAAACAUGUACAGAGAUUUUUGAAGGUUUUUUUUUUUAUUUUUAAAUGAAUGCACAUUUUGUUAAUAGUGAAAUCAUUUCUAACUUAAUUCUGUUAAAAUGCAAAAUGAUGGAACUGAAUUUUAUUUAAAGAAAGUCACCAGUUGUUUGCAUGCACCAUUUAAAUGCUUUAUGUUUUCCAAAGCUUCUGUAUUGUUGUUGCUGGAGAACCAAAUACAAUUAGCACAGUGUUUCAUUAAUAAUUUAUUUUACAUAUAAUUACAGCCACUUAGAUGCAGUUUUCCAAUUUCUUAAUGUAAAAAACUCUUUUGGGGUCUUUCUUUCCUUUGUGAUAAAUUUAUAAAUCAUGCAGAGAUCUUCUAUAAAGGGACAUAUACAUUCUGUUUCACUGGGGAUGCCAAAAGAUUAGGAAGCCCACCCAAGGCAAUAGAUCAGUAAGUUUUUUCCCUAGGUCGGCGCUCCUUUUAGGUGAAAACUGCACUGGCCUGUGGAAACAAACUGUUUCUUCAUUGUGCCGACUUUUUUCUUAUCUCUCCUAACAGUGUCCCAGGCGUCCCUUGCAACAAUCCCUGUUUGCACAUGUGCAGUAAAGUAAACCCACACAAUCUACUUUACUGUGCCAGUGUAGAAUGGCAAAGUGAAGAUCUCUGUUAAGGAGAUGAUGGCACAGGGUUUAGUUGGCUUUUCCAUGGGCCAGUGCAGUUUUCUCCUAACAGGAGCACCCAAGGAAAAGCUUAGAGAUCUAUUUCUUUGGUGGGCCCCUAACAUAUUGGCACCCCCAGUGAAAUAGACUUUAUAUUUCCUUUAAAGGAAAGGUUUUAAUUUAAUCUGCAGUACGAAGUGUUUGUCUAGAAUGAUGGUUUAAGAACUUAAAGGGGACCAGCUCCAUUAUCUGUAUAAAACUUUGUUGUUUUAAUUUAACUUCAGAUUAUGCAUAUUCCUGACAAAAAAUUUAAUUUAUUUUUUAAAUUAAUAUAUCAUGCCUUAUAAAACGGAUGCAGAUUGAUUUCAAAAUGUAGACAAGCUGAACAUUAUAAAUGUGAAUGGAUGUGCAACCAGUUUCUAUUUCAGGCAUUACUGAAGGUUAGGUGAUUGCAGAUAGUUAUCCACCUUGGUCUGUUGGUCAAAAAGUCCUGUGUGCCAUUGCUUUUGAGAAUCAGGUUCCCAGUUACCUAAGUAUAACCAUAUACUGUUGUGUACUCCACAAUUUUUCUUCUUUUCAUUCCCAUUCUUAACUCAAAUAACUUUCGCAUUAGCAUACACUAAAUUGCUCUCAUUGAGUUGUCAUUCUCUCACCAGCAUGCAAUAUAUCUCUAAUCUGAUUAAAACCGUAUAGACCAUUUUUGGAUCCCUUUUGUUUUACAUUUUCCUUAUACACUUCACAGAUAUCAGAUUGGUAGAAUACUGGGAGAUUGGUAGAAUAAUGUUUUCUCUGUCAAAAAACAUAGGUUUAAAAUAACUGAUACCUUAGUUACUUUCACAGAGAAGACUGAUUGUGAUAUUGGUCUCCCUAAUUAAUGAAAGUCAAUUAUUUCUACACCAAGCAUCACACUGCCAGAAAUGGGAAUGCUGGGAGCUGUAUGGGCGCUGUCAUGUAGAACCUACAUAUGUUUUUUUAUGAUCCUAAACUUAUCUCCUUUAGACAAUUGUUGAACCUCCCUAAUGGUGUCUGUUGGAAUUAAUGUCAAUAAAUAUUUUCCUUUUCUGAU